CACAAGUGUCAGAAAUGUCGGCAACAAAGCGGCUCUCAUGCUGCGUCACGCUAAAUUAUGAAAUGUUAUAUGAUAUGACAUUACAGUGACCCUGCCACAGCCGCACAAAUGCAUGUUGCGGUUGUGCUGCAACCGAGGCGUCCUGAAGCGAUACUCUUUUAUCUUUUGGCUGUCCUGAAUUAAAGUGCCAAGCCGCGCUGGAGUGAGCUGGCGUGAGCAGGGACGAGUGCUGCCCCGGGCGGCACACGCGGCGGCGCACGGUUGGUGGGACUGUUAGACACGCCCGCGCAGAUCGCCCCGUCUCCUCCCCUGGCAGCAUCUUGAGUACCAUGCUAUCAAACCGAGGAGCAGGUUGUGGCGCUCCGUCCCAACCAAAUGCCGCAGCUGGGGGCGCCACAGCUGCGUUUGACCCGGCCGGCCAGCUGUCAUGCCGCAAGCGACGGCGGGGGUGCAGCGUCGCCGACGCCUUGGCCCGAAACACCGGCCGCGGGCCCGUGCGCGAUCUCGGCACUCGUGCAGCAAGAGCCAGCUGCCUUUGCACUUGCGGCUGGGCUGGCCCCUCAGCGCCUGUGGACGCAGCCACGUGCAGCGGUUCGGCCUUGGCCAGCAGAGGCUGCCAUGUAGCCCGCUGCUGCUGGUCCAGCGGCCGGCCGGCCCCCAGAGGCUCCCCCGCCUUGUGCCCAUUUGGUAGCAUACCUUACAGCCGUACAGGCGUUAAGGCGGUCCCCGCUGUUGGCAGCAGCUCCGCAGCGGAAGCUACAGACUCCGCGCCGCGCACACUGCUAGCCGCCAAGAUGCCGCGCGCAGGGCUUUUGCUUGCCAGGCAGCGCAUUGCUGUUGUACCGGUGACGAUAGAAGAGGCUGGUGCUGCGGCUGCGUCUACCGCCACACGGCCGCCGCCCGCAGCCGCCGUGGCCUCUGCGUCGAGCGUAGCUGCACGCAGCACCGGCAGCUCAGCACGCAGUGGCGGCGGCGGCGGUGGAAGCGCAGGCAAUGGCUUUCAGCAGUUAUCACAGCAGGCGCAGCCACGGCAGAUGGACACGGAGGUUGUGAAGCGGCGUAAGCUAGAGCGGCUGGAGAGGCUGCUGCGUCAGCUGUCCAGCCUGCCGCCAGACGUCGCGUACGCCACGCCAGGCCGUGCACCAGGCAGUGGAACUGCAGGCGGCAGUGGGUUUACCGGGCGGGUUGCAGUGGGGCAGGGGGGACAGCGCGCAACGUCUCCGCUGCGUCAGGAGCGGCAGCAGCAGCGUCAGGAGCAGCAGGCGGCGAGGGCGGCUGGGAGGCAGUCACUUUGGUGGCGUCGGCGGAUGGCUGCGGCAGGCCGAGCGCCCGGCUCGCUCGUGCCGGGGGGUGUGCCCGUGCUGCCGCGCCACCUGAGGCUGGUGCCACCGACACUGAGCCCCUCACUGCCAGCCGCCCUCUUGCAAACCUCGGCACCAACGCCAAACGCCGGUAAUGCUCUGCGGGGCGAAGGGGACUUUAAGGAGCCGGCAGCGGCUUCGUCCGCGUUCGAGCCCCCAUCGGAUGUGACUGCUGGGGCGCGGCAAGGACUGCACAAGGAGCGACCGGCGGCAACCUCGCCGCCAGCAGCCGCGGUGCCACCCGCAGCGGGCGCUUUCCUGUCGGGGCCAGGUCCUUCGAGCCUUCACUUCCAGGCCGUGCAACGAGCCCUGGCGGCUAGCGCUAUCAGCGGCAGGGCCCCAGCCCGUUCACCCAAAGCCGGGGCGGCGAGUAGGCCUUGGCCUGGCGCAGAUCCAUCCGCGCAACCGGUGACGCCUUCGACAGCACCUGGCAACAAAGGACAGGCCGCCCCUGGCGCGUUGCCCGGGGCUGCUGCAGCUGCUACCAGCGGGCUGGGGUCGACGGCUACCCCCGGGCCCGGCGCAAGCACAGCAGUACGACAGACAGACACCAGCAGCAGCAGCACCAGCAGCAGCGGCGGGCCUGAGGCUAGUGCGCUGGCGCUGGGGCAACUCCCGGGGACUGGGCACGCCCUGCCGCCCUGGCAGACGCGUGGCGCCGUUGCAGGCACAAAGGUCCUGAACGGACUCGCUGGUGGUGCAGGUUUGGCAGCGCACGCCGCACUCUCAACAGCUCAGGCAGGGCCCAAGUCUCUGCGGCUGCGCCCAGGGCUGCGGGCAAAGCUGGGCUCGGGGCUGGGCCGGGUGGCAGGGCUCAGGGGGCCCGGCCUGCAGCGCAAGCAGGCGCAGGUGCCUGCGGAGCCGGCGCAACCGGGGCGAGGCGAUGCAGAGGUAUCGGACGGGGCUAGCGGGCCAGGUCAGGCAGCGGAGUUGUCAGCGGCAGCGCCGGAGCUCCUUGCGCCAGCACUAUCGUCAGGAACAUCCGACCCGGCACCAGCAGCAGCCGCCGCAAAUGUGUCUGUACCGAAGCCGGCAUCGUCCGCGCCAUCAGCACCGCUGGCAGCUGUCUGCACAGCAAGUUUGGCAGCAGCAACCAGCCUGGCUGAGGCCACAGCGGUUGUGGCUGGCCCCAGCGGGGACGGCAGCAUCAGCAGCAUGGCUGCAAAUGCAGACGACAUCCUGCAGCCGCCGACACGGCUGCAGGAGGCGCGUGACGCUCUGUUGCACGGUCCCACUGUCUCCCGCCUGACCGCCCAGGUGCUACUCCGGCCUCCGCCGAGGCGCAAGGGCCCAGCGGCGACAGCCAGUGCUGGUGCUGUUUCCGGCACCGCAGCUACCACGAGCGGCGAUGGCGCAGCUUUGGUGGAGCUGCCAAAGGCAGCGAAGCUGGAGGGAAGCGCGUCAGGCAGCGCUGCAACGGUGGCGGCGGCCUUGGCGGACAAGAUGGCUGGGCCACCGCCGCCGCUGGCCCCCGCGCCGCCGCCGCCGCGGGCUGACCACAUCAUCGCCUCGCGCCCGGAGCUCACCUCGCCGCCACCAACACCGCCACCGCCGCCGCCGCCGCUGCAGCUGCUGCUCUCGUCGCGGCAGCAGCGCCCGGACCGGCCGGUGGGCGCGGACCCAGCACCGGCGGCGCCGGCCGCCCUCCCGCCUGCGCAGAACACCUUCCGCCCCAUGCGCGCGCCGCAGACGGGGCCGGUGCCGCCCCCGCGCGAGCUCCGCCCGCCCGGCUUCGACGCCGGUCAGCCCGCGGCUUCGCAGCCCGUGGCCGGCGUGCAUGCGCACGCGCUGCUGUCGCCGCGCGACCUCACCUCCUCGCUGUUCGCGGCUCCGUCGUGGGUGCACGUGGCGCAGCUGGUGCACCGCUACGCGGCGGCGCUGAACGGCAUCUCCGUGGCGGCCGCGCUCAAGCGCCUGGCCAAGGUGUGCGAGCCGCGCAUGCUGGACGCGGCGCGGCCCGACGGCGCGGCGCUGCUGAGCAUGCUGCAGCACCUGUGCUUCCAGGCGGAGCAGCACCUUCCUUCCAUGGGCCCCUGUGAGGUAUCUGGCGUGCUGUGGGCGCUCGCCUCGCUGGGUUACUACCCGCCGCCGCACCUGGCGGCGGGGCUGGCUGGCUGCCUGCUGCAGGAGCAGCUGGAUCGGGCCAAUGGACUUGACCUGGCCAACGGGCUGUGGGCACUGGGCGUGCUGGGCUGGCCGGUGCGCCAACGGCAGCUGCGGGCGGCUUGGCAGCGUAUGCAGGCCUGCUACGUGCCUGGCGACCGCUCCAGCGGCCGCUCGCUAUUGGUGGUGCUCAACAGCGCGACCAAGCUGGGCCUGCGACUCAGCCAGGCAGAGCUGACCCACCUGGAGUCUCAGCUGGUGGGCCUGGCGCCCGCCAUGAGCGGCCACGACGUCGCCAACGCCCUGGCCUCCCUCACACGCCUGGCCGAGACGGCAGCCGCAGCGACCUCAGCGGGCAGCCGCGAUGGCAGUGGCUACAGCAGUAGUAGCAGUAGUAGCAGUAGUGGCGGUGGCAUUGACGCCGCAGAGGUACCGGCACCGCUGGCUGCGGAUGAGCGGGAGGACGGGCCUGACGCAGGGGCGGAGCUGGAGGAGGGAGAAAGGGACGAGGGCGCGGCGUCCGCAGCUGGAGCGGAGCUGGAGGGGCCCAAGGGCUCCUACCGGCCGCAGGCCGGCACGCUACGGGUGCUGCUGGCGCGUGCGGCUUCGAUGGUGUCCUCCCUGCGCGGUGACGAGGCGGCCAUGCUUCUGUAUUCGGUGGCCCGCCUGCGCUUCCAGCCGCCCGACAGCCUCACCGGGGCGCUGUACAGCCGCACCGCCUCCCAGCGCGGCGCCACCUCGCCGUCCACUCUGGCGCUGCUGCUCUGGGCCGCCGGCCGCCUGCGCACGCAGCCGCCGGGCUGGUGGGUGGCGGCACUGGUGGAGGAGGCGGCGCGCCGCCUGCCGCGCCUGCCGCCCAGCGUCGUGGCCACGGCCCUGAAUGGGGUGGUGCAGCUGCGCUCGUACGCGGUGGAGCCGGCACUGGCGGGCGCCUUCCUGGAGAGGGCCGCGGAGGUGCUGCCGGACUUCAGCGCACAGGAGGUCGCCAACACGGCCUGGGCGCUGGGGCAGCUGCCGCUGGACUGCGUGCCUGCGCCCACGCCCCGCUCAGCGCUGUGGUGCGCGCUGGCGGACCGAGCCCGAGAGCUGGGCUUUGCGUCCUUCACGCCGCAGGGCCUCGCCAACCUGCUGUGGGGCCUGGCGGUUGUGGCGGCUGCGCAGCCGCCGUCCUCUCGCUCCGCCGCUACUGAGCAGGCGGCGUCGGGCGCGCCUGCGGCCAUGUCCCUGGAUGGGCCUGCGGCUGAGGCUGCCAGGGCGGAGCGCGCCGCGAGGGCGCGGCGGCGGGCGGUCGCGCGGCCACCGCAGCCGCUGUCGCGGGAGACGCAGCAGCGGAAUGCCCGCUCGCGCGGGGCCGCGGUGGCGGCUGCAGCGGCCACGGAGCUGCUGCUGCAGGGCAGCCCUGGUGGCGCGGCGGAGCUGGGGGCGGCGCUGCAGGCGGCACUCCCGCGCAUGGACGAGGUGGAGCUGAGCAUGGUGCUGUGGGCGCUGGCAAAGCUGCGGUUGGACCCCGGCCAGGCCUGGAUGGAGGCGGCAGUGGCGCGCGGCGCCGCGCUGGCGCCCCGCAUGCCGCUGGAGGGACUGUCGGCCUUUGUUCACGCGCUGACGUGGGCGCGGCCGGCGCCAGCGCCUGAUGCGGCGCUGUUGGCGGUGCUGGAGGAGGAGGUGGCGAGGCGCAUGGCGCAUGUGGAGAAUCGGCGGGCGCGCAAUGGGCUGUCAUCGCGCCUGGCGUUUAUGCGCGCGCGGCUGGCGCGCCGCGCUGCGCACGAGGCGUUGAUGGCGCGGCGGCGGCAGCACGCACGGCCGGCCCGGGCACUGCAGCUGGAGACGCGGCGGGAGCGGCUUCAGCUGCGCAAGCAGCCGAGCGGUUAUGGCGGGCCAUCGCCGCAAGCGUCUGAGGCAGGUACUGUUGCCAUGAAGCGGUAGGUAGGGGCAGCACGAGGUGCGUGUGCAACAGGCAGCGGCCACAGGUUGGUGGCAGGCGACCAGGGAGGGCCCUGACGCGAGCGACGUCGCUUCGUCCCGGCGUUAGCACUCGAAGAAGCGUGACAUGUUUGCAGGUGGGGAUGAGCAAUCGCGUUUGUGCGUGGGUGCAGCUGAAACAUGAACAGGACUGGGCUUAAGGUCAGGCCGGCAUUGGUAGUCCCAUAGCUACGAUGGGGGAGGCUGGGGUCCAUGAUUUGUGGUGUAGAAGUGGUUGGUACGGACAGGCGCAUCAAAGCGGCCGUGACAGGUGGCGCGGAGCAGGGCGAGGAACACACGUCUGGGCGGUGGUAGCUUGUCAGGCUGCAGGCGUACAGACUUUCGGAAGCGCCACCCCCAGGUGUUGAGGCACAUAGUAGUUGCUUGCUUUGUGCCCUCAGCGGCACGCAGCUCAGCCUCGGCUGAACAGCUGACAUGCGACAUGCUGCAGCCGCAGGGCGAGGCGUUUACAACCGCGAGGUUUUCGAGCUUUCUGGGCCGCGCCUUGGGUUCUGCGUGCGUCCAGUCCAUACGAGUC